AUAUCAAAACGCUGGAAAAUCAAGGUCAAGAUGAAGUCUACUACGUCAGGUUUUGGACCUCAGUGGUUCUUGAAGAUGAGCUCAGAUAAGCAGGACACCCUGUUGAAGAUGAUGAUACUUACAAUUGCAUCAGUAUUGUCAUUUUCAACACGUUUGUUUUCUGUGCUGAGGUUUGAAAGUGUUAUUCACGAGUUUGAUCCCUACUUUAACUAUCGAACCACAAGGUUCUUAACAGAAGAGGGAUUCUACAGUUUCCAUAACUGGUUUGAUGACAGAGCUUGGUACCCACUGGGACGUAUCAUUGGUGGUACUAUUUAUCCAGGUUUGAUGGUAACAUCAGCUAUAUUAUACCACGCUGCAUGGUUACUGAACAUAACCAUUGAAAUCAGAAAUGUGUGUGUAUUCCUUGCUCCACUGUUCUCUAGUUUCACAGUGCUUGUCACCUACCAACUGACAAAGGAACUCAAGGAUGCUGGAGCAGGCCUGAUCGCAGCAGCCAUGAUUGCUAUUGUCCCUGGUUAUAUUUCACGUUCUGUUGCUGGUUCCUAUGACAACGAGGGUAUUGCUAUCUUCUGUAUGCUGCUCACGUACAUGUUGUGGAUCAAGUCUGUAAAAACUGGCUCAAUCUUCUGGGCUUCCCUCUGCUCGCUGGCAUACUUCUAUAUGGUUUCCUCAUGGGGAGGUUACGUGUUUCUUAUCAACUUGAUCCCGCUCCACGUUCUGGCCCUCAUGCUGACUGGACGUUUCUCUCACAGAAUCUACGUCGCUUACUCAACGGUGUACUGUCUAGGAACCAUCCUAUCUAUGCAGAUCUCCUUUGUUGGUUUCCAGCCUGUACAAUCUAGUGAACAUAUGGCUGCCCUUGGAGUGUUUGGACUGUGCCAGAUUCACACAUUUGUUGACUACGUGAGAUCCAAGCUGACUGGGGAACAGUUUAACCUUCUGUUCAGGAGCAUUGUCCUUUUUGUUGGCUCCAUAGGAACGCUUGCUGUUGCCAUAGCAACUGCACUUGGCAAAAUUGCACCAUGGACUGGACGUUUCUACUCUCUUCUUGACCCUUCAUAUGCCAAGAACAAUAUCCCAAUCAUUGCCUCUGUAUCAGAACAUCAACCUACAACCUGGUCAUCCUUCUACUUUGAUCUUCAACUGCUCGUCUUCCUGUUCCCAGCUGGACUUUACUUCUGUUUUAAGAAGUUAACAGAUGCCAACAUCUUCAUUAUAAUGUAUGGUGUAACAAGUAUCUACUUUGCUGGUGUGAUGGUACGUCUGAUGUUGGUACUGGCCCCUGUGAUGUGUAUCUUGUCAGCUAUUGGUAUCUCAGGUGUUCUGUCAACUUACAUGAAGAACAUUGACAAUCCUAACAAGAAAGAUAAGAAACCAAAGAGAGCCGAUCAAAGCUACCCAUUAAAACAUGAGAUAGCAACAGGUGUUGUUUUUAUGAUGACUGCUUUCCUUAUAACCUAUACUUUCCAUUGUACAUGGGUAACUUCCGAGGCUUACUCCAGUCCUUCCAUCGUGCUAUCAGCACGAGCUGGUGACGGCGGCAGGAUUAUCUUUGAUGAUUUCAGGGAAGCAUACUACUGGCUCAGACACAAUACCGCAGAGGAUGCAAAAGUGAUGUCAUGGUGGGAUUACGGAUAUCAGAUUACAGCCAUGGCCAACAGAACUAUACUGGUAGACAAUAAUACAUGGAAUAAUACACAUAUAUCUCGAGUGGGACAGGCUAUGUCAUCAACAGAGGAAAAAGCAUAUGAGAUAAUGCGAGAAUUAGAUGUUAACUAUGUACUGGUUAUAUUUGGAGGACUCACAGGAUACUCCUCAGAUGAUAUAAACAAGUUUUUAUGGAUGGUGCGUAUUGGAGGGUCUACAGAUCGAGGUAGUCAUAUCAAGGAAAACGACUAUUACACGCCCCAGGGUGAAUUCCGUGUCGACAAAGACGGCUCGCCUAUACUGCUCAACUGUUUAAUGUACAAGAUGUGCUACUACAGAUUUGGUCAGGUCUAUACUGAACAAGGAAAACCAACAGGCUAUGACAGAGUAAGAAAUGCUGAGAUAGGAAACAAAGAUUUUGAGCUUGAUGUGUUGGAAGAGGCUUACACUACAGAACAUUGGCUCGUCCGUAUUUACAAAGUUAAAGAUUUAGAUAACAGAGGAUUGUAAAAUUACUUUUUUGUUACAGUAUAUAUUUGUGUUUUACGAGAUAGUUUUCAUGUCAAAACAACCUUGCUCUCCAUUUUGCAAUUUUUGUGAUAAAACUAGAGUUCACUGGAAGUAAUGAGGAAAGAAAAAGAUGAUAUUUGGCAGAUACUUUACUGUUAAGUUUAAACCAAAGUACAGCAAAGAUUGUAUCAUUCUACUGUAAAUGGUUUUACCUAGUUACAAUAUGAAGGUUACUGAAUAAAAUGGAUAACUUUACAGCAUAGAUGGUUUUUGUUCAGAUAGGUAAUUUUACUUAAAGCCAAAAAUACAAAAAUAGGAGGAAGGGCAAGGUCAUUUUGCAUGGAAUAUUUUAUAAUUCUACUUCAUAGUAUUUUGUAAGAAGACACUGUUGGAUGUCUUCAUUAAUUUUUACAACUGAUAUGGUAAACAGCGACUCUUGGCUCGUGUUAAAAUCUGAUCAAAUAUAUGCUACAUGUAGACAGAAGUGUUUAAUUUCUUGUUCAAAUUGAGAGCACAUAUUAACAUUAUAAAUACUUACAAAGUAAUUCCUAGGCUUACAUCGGAAUUCUGUUGUGCAUAAUUAUAUAGCUUACACAAGAUCGACUGUUUACAGUGAGUUAAAUGUCAAAGAAGUAUUGAGAAAGGUCACAUAGUUGUAGCUUUAAUAACUUUUUAUACAAUAAUACGUCCGACAUAUUAACUUUGUUUGAAGAUCUUACUUUUGAAAACAUCAUGUAUCCAUUUAUAUUGAUUUUCAGUCACCAAAAAUUAUUUCAAUAAAAUGUUUAAAAUGUA